AUGGAACGCAAUCAUACUCAACUUGAGUCCAAUGACACUGACAUCCUUCUUAAGUCAAUUGGCUCCGACGACAUUCAUACCACCCCACUACCAAAAUCGACCAACGACGUGCGACAAGCCUGGCCAGCACUACCGAGGCGUGUCAAAACUUCGCUUUACAAGCGACUGACAGAUUUUACUGUCGACUUGGUGCUCUUCGCUUGCUCUGUCGCGUUUCUCGCCUUCGCCUUCGCUGUCAUAAAGUACGACCAAACUCCGGUUCACUCAGAUGCUGGACCAGCACAGACAUUACUAAGUGCUGCCAAAUAUGGACCGACUGUAUUCCCGAUAUUGUUCGCAGCCGUGCUUGGCCGUGCAACACAUGCCGUCCUUCGUUGGAGACUAGAAUCCGGGGAGCGUUGCGGCACACUUGACAUUUUAGCUGGUAGCACCUCACUCACCAGCACGAUCAUGUCCUUGCUACAACUGCGCAUGGUCACUUUUCUAGGCUUUUCCUUAGCUAUAACCUGGACCUUGUCGCCUAUCGGCGGCCAAGCAUCUUUCCGACAAGUAACGACGGGAAACAUGACGUCCAACCACACAACGUCUUUUGAUUAUAUGGUACCUGAUGGUAACCUUGGGUUGGAUUGUUGUUCGGAUCGCAUGUUAUGGUGGGAAAUAAUUGACACCAUGUACAAGGCCGCUGUCGUGAGUCCCAGGGCUACAAAAGAAUCACCACUCGAUUUGUGGGGCAAUGUAAAGAUUCCCUUGGUCGAGGCGCUUGAAGACACAGUCAGCGCAGACAAAGAUGGAUGGUUCAAAGUGAAUACGGAGCAGACCAGUACAACGACCUUCGCAUCACUUUUUGGAGUUCCUAUGGCUGGCCUCGACGACAAAGACGCGGCCAAUAUGAAUAUGAAUCUCCAGACAUUAUACUUAUCCCUAGAUUGCAAAAGAGUUCCAAGGUACCAGACUGGCUGGAAGCCACAAGGUGCCUUUCUCGCCAACACAAGUUAUAACGCAAUAGGUUGGGACGACACGUUUUUUAUCGCCAUUGCGGAUAACGGGAGCACUCCUGGACCAGUACGCCAGAUACCGUUCCAAUUCUAUUUCGGAUCCAGUUGGUGGAAUAUCACUAAUGGUAAUCUGCAAUGCCAAAUGACUUCAACGUACGUCGAGGUCGAAGUCUUCUGCCCAAUCAGAACGACAUGCGCUGUUUCCAAAAUUCGCCGCUCACGACUCAGUCAUCCACCAGCAGCUCAAACUCAACUCGAUUUCGAUACCGCUGGGGCUUUUUCGAAUUGGCCGAAAUUUGCAUCAUACUUUAUACGCACGUUUCAAGCUGGGUAUCAGGAUUUUCCAACUAUGCUUGAUCUUUAUCUUAUGGCUCCUGAAGAUCCUUUACUUGUAUUGCAAACACCGGACUAUUCACACAAAAGCUUUGACGAAUAUGAACCGUUCACCAAGAAACCACCUGCGCUAGACAAAGCAUAUUCUUACAAUCUAGGACAGCUCUUUAAUGCUUACUGGACUUGCAUGAACGGAUUCUAUGCCCUGACCGGCGGGUUGACUAAUGCCACGUCUUACACUGACGACAAUACGAGUUUCGCUGGUCUGGCAAUGAACCAAACUAAAAAUACGACAGAAAGAUUCAAGACAAGAGCUUGGUCCACUGUAGGGACGAAGAACACCGAAGAGAUUGUUAUUCAAGCGCAUAAAGGUUGGGCCGCCGUCUUGGUAUUUGCGUCAUCACUUUUGAUCCUCGCGAGCCUUGUCCCUGCAGUUUUUCGCACAUUCCUAACAAACGGUCCGGACAUCAUGAUGAACAUGUCGAGCCUCGUGAUGAGGGAUAAUCUUUACGUGGCGCUACCGCCUACUGGAUCGUUCCUCGAGGCUUCAGACCGGGCUCGUAUUCUCAAAGACGUCAAAAUACGGUUCGGAGACGCGAAGAGUACCUCUGAGGUCGGCAGGCUUGCAGUAGGCUCCGUCGGAGAUACUGACGGGUGGACGAUCAAACGUGUGACAAGGCACCGACUGUGUGAAUAA